UGUAUGUAUGAGAUAGGCUUCUUCUUUCUAAGAUCAUAUCUUCUCGUAUGAUGUUCUGGACUUCAAUGAUGAACUAGAUCAACCAGUUAUAGAAGUGAAUUCGGGUUAAUCAAUCAACCGAUCCAAUAUUCGUUUUCUUCUUGAGCUCAGCUUCUGUAGAAGCAAUAGCAAAGACGCCGUAGCUCUGUGCGUUGCGUUCCUUUGGUAAGAAAGGCGAUGGAUGAGUCCGGAACUCGACCUUCUUCCAGUAAGUUGUCUGGUAAAGUCGUCGAAAUUGCCGCCGGUGAAGCUCACACUAUCGUUCUCACAGGUAAGAGAGGACGAUGGAGGAGAUGGAAGAGUGUAUUCGUGGGGAAGAGGAAUGUUUGGGCGGCUUGGGACGGGUGCGGAAUCGGAUGAGCUGUUCCCUGUUCGAGUUAAGCUUGGUUCGGAGGAAGAGAAUCUCAAAGUUGUGGCGAUUGCUGCUGGUUCUUAUCAUAGCCUCGCUCUUGCUGAUGAUGGUUCGGUUUGGUGCUGGGGUUACAAUCUCUAUGGCCAACUUGGAUUUGAUGGCGGGAAUUCCGCCACCCCCUGCUUGCUGAAGCAGUUCCUUGAGUUGGAACCUCCAGAAUCUUUGACAGAAGAAUCAGGCUCAAAGAGUAAGGGAUCACUAAAGAUUUGUGACAUCAAAGCUGGGGGGCAGAUUUCUUUUGCAAUUGACGAUCUUGGAGCACUAUGGAUGUGGGGUAAUUGUCCAAAACCCAACGGUGAGAAUGAAGUUAGCUUAUCUUAUGUUAGCAGCUUCACACCCUCUCCAGUGUGGGAGUUCCAUGGCCAUACCGUUGUUAAGGUUGCUUGUGGAAAUGAGCAUAUCGUGGCUCUAGUUAGUGUUGGGGAAACCUACAAUAAAGCUGAAGACUUGGUUUGCUACUCCUGGGGAGAUAAUUCUCAUGGUCAAUUAGGCCUGGGAGAUAGAGAUAGCAGAGCACGCCCACAAAUUAUCGAGACAUUUAAUGAGGCUUCCCCUUGGGCAGUGUAUGAAAUAGCGUGCGGGGCAUUCCAUACUGCUUUACUAAGUCGCAGUAAGAGACCAUGUGACACCUUAGAAAGUGUGUGUUGGACAUUUGGUCUGGGGGAAAAUGGACAGCUUGGGCAUGGCACCACCCAAAAUGAAUUCCUUCCUCAGCCUGUAAAAGAGUUGCCAAAAUCUGUAUCUCUGAUCUCAGUCGAUUGUGGCCUAUUUCACACAAGUGUUGUUUCAUCAGGUGGAGAUCUGUGGUCUUGGGGAAUGGAAAGGGGACUUGGCCUUUGUCCAGAUGCUAGUUUUACUGGAACCAACACGGGCGAUGCUAUAUCUCCCCUAUCCAUCUUCUGUAGUGGCUCUGAAUCACCAAAAUUUUUGGAUCCUGUUCAAGUUGCUUGUGGGGCUGCUCAUACUGUAAUAGUUGCCCAUGAUGGAUAUAAAUUGUGGUCGUGGGGACGAGGAAGAAGCGGGGUUCUUGGAAAUGGUAAGGCAGUCGACUGUUUUACUCCCACAGUUGUGUUGUGGCCUCCACUUGAUGAGGAUUUCGAUCAAGAGGAAACUGAAACCAAAAGCGAGGAAGAUAAAGUUGAAGAAAACAAAACCGAGGAAGUAACCGAAGAAAACAAAAAGCUGUUAAUGGCUAUGGAGGAAAUAAAACUUCUUCUAGAGAAAUUAUCUAUCAUGGAACGGUAUGCAAGCUUCCUUCAUGGCUCAAUAUUUGGAAAACCUUUCCAAGAGGGAGAUAUCCCACUCUCAUUGCGAAAUUCUGGUUCCUUCGACAUUGCUAAGGAAUGGGAAAGCAUGUUGGAGUCAUCAGAUCGAUCAAAUCUUCUAAGGUUGGAGGUGGUUUAUCAAAAUAUGCUGGCAAGUAUUAAAGACAAGAUAAUGAAGAAAAGGGUCCAGGAGCUUGUGAAGGAGUUUCUUCAAUCAUCAACAUCCCCAAAUUAGUGCUAUAACCUGAGACGAGCUGUUAAUCAGGUAUCAAAAAACCGAACAAUUUCUGGUUAUUAGUACUAUUAUAAAUGGAAGGAAAUGCGUGGAGAUGAGUGCCGUUGAAGCUGGAGCUAAAUAUUACUCCGUGAAUAAAUAUCCUUUUUUGGACCAAAGGUUAUGUUUUGUAGAAUUGGAAUUGCAUGUAUAGUUAGCAUGGUGUUUAGGGCAUCUAUUUCUUUAGAGAUUAGAGGUUCAAAUUUCUACCUCUAGCAUUUGUAAAAAUCUAUUUCAUAUGGAUCAAAUCUACUAAAAUACUUUACACGAACUCAACACAACAAAUCUAUUUGGUGAAAAUAGUUCUUAAA